AUGGCGGAGUCUAAUGAUGUGAGAGCAUUAGAAAAAAUAUUUACAGAAGUUGACGAAUCAAAAGUAAGGAUUAUCUUUUCCGAUCAGUGCAUAAAAGCCCAAGCAUUCUUAGUGAAUAAAUUAAAGAAACAAACGGAACAACAAAAAGAAAUUUGCAGUUUUAUCAGUAGCGGAAAUGUAAAGUUGGAAGCUGAAAUAAAAAUUGCUGAACAAGAAAUCAAGAACAUGCUUAUUGCUCAUGAGACUAUAAAAUCUGCAAACAUAGAAAUGAGAAAAGAAUGGUUUCUUAAGAAAGAAGAAAAAAUAGAAAUAACAGGACGAAUUGAACUUGGCGAGAAAAAGUAUGAAGAACUUUGGUUAUCGACUAAAAGUCGAUAUGAAAACAUUCCUUAUGUACAAAAAUGUCUACAGGGUAAAAAUAGAAGUCAGUUAAUUCAGGCUAACAUAAAAAGUUUAAUGAGUGAAUCUGAAAGUCUUCAGAAUGAAAUUAAAAUAAAGAAAAAUACAUUAUUGAAAAUGGACCAAAAAGUAAUAAUUGAUCUCGCAACAUUUGUAGUAAAGGAUAAGCCUAAACUAUUAAAAACUAUACAUGAUUUGAGCAACGAAAUUGAAGAGUUGACAAAAGAAAUAAAUGUCUUAGAGGAAGAGGAAGCUAAGAUCAAUCCGUUUUCUAAGCUAAGAGUCUCGACAGAAAUACAGCAACGUCCAAAUACAGAAAUAAAAGAGCAGACUAAAAAUAAUAUAGAUGAAAAGUGGCCCAGUUUAUGUAAAAAUGAAAAUGACGCCAUCGUGAUGCCAAGACUUCAACUUCUGGACGUCGACUUAGACAUCCUUAGUGUAAAAUUAGACCAGAUCAAAAAAGUUGGGUUUUCGAGUUCUGAGCAGCAAAAGGUAACAAUGAUGGAAGGAAUUAAUAAUAAACAUGAACAUGAGAAAAGUGAUGAAUAUGAUGUUAGGCUUGAGAAAGAUCAUACUCUAAACAUAAUAUCAAAAGUUAAUCGUAGUCAACUUCAUAAUGUUGAUUUCAUAAGAUCUGAAAUAAGUGAAGGACCUACUGGGAUAAGUAAAAAAUCUGAUGAUAAGGUGAGUGAACAAUUGGAGAUGGAGGAAAAUGAGGAAGUCAACAGUAAUAAAGAAGGAGGAGAAAUCCUUGUGCCACCUACACAGUUUAUAGAUGAAAUUAAGAAUUCACAAGACAAGAAAAAAGUAUCAUUUGAUUUGUCAAUGGAAGUAACUCCUAUUGACUGUAAAGAAGUUGUAGACCAGCUGAAUAAUGAAAACAUUGAAGACAAUAAAAAUAAUGAAACUUUAACAAGCCAAGGAGAUUUGAAUUCCAUUACUGAAGAAGACUUUGGUAAAAUAAAAGACAAAAUAUUAAAACAACAUAAUUUAGAUUUGUCACCACAGUUUAUAUAUGCUAAGCAUUCUAUUAUACAUAAGAUGAUGGAAGAUAAAGACAAAGUUAUAACAUCUAAAUUCUUUGACCAGCAAAGUAGUAAAAUUUGUGAACCUAGUUCAGAAUCCGAAAAGGAUAAUAAAGAUAAAAACAAAACAGGCAUUAAUAAAGAGGAAAAUGAAUCCAUAGAGAAAAAAGACAAUAAUUGUAACAAUUAUUUUGAUACAAGUGUGGACAAGAUUAAGAUGUCAAGUCCAAAGAUUCAAGUUAUUGAAAAGCCUGUAACUGGAUUUUUGUUCAACCAUGGAUCCCAACGGAUAACUGAUUCCCUAAAUUUGUCAGAAAGUACUACUGGAUUUGAAGAGGGUGAUGGAGAUUUUUCACAUUGCAUUGAUUCUAGUGUCUUGUUAUCACCAAAAGCUGAUGUGCCAAUGGAAGUAGCUGAUGAUACUAGACCAGUAACCUCACAAGAGAUACCAAAUUUUAUGUCAGGUGUACGCAAAACAGGGCUUUCAUUUUUUGGAUGGUCAUCAGCUGAAACUAAACCAGAUUCCAAUUUUCAAAAUACAGGUGGAAAUUUUAACUUCAACUUUAGUGGUGAAGAGAAAAAAAACAGAGGAGGAUUGUUUAGUAUGUUCCGCUAA